AUGACUUUCUUUUUCGACAACGAUCAAGUGCUUACUUCGACAUGGUCCUUCAAGGAAGAAGAAAAAUCCGACGACGAUGCGGUCGUUCUCCUUGGACACCGCCUUUGGCAAGCCUUAAGCUCUAAGCCCGCCUCCGGCCGCAUCUGCAUCUCACUUGCACCUGUUUCCUCUGCCUCGGACGCGUCAAACGUGUUGAGGUCUGUUUUAUCAUGGGCAUCUCUCAAUGACAAGGAUCCAAACCAACCUCUCCUAAUUCCGUCUGCUUGGGUGAAAAAACACCCUCAAAUAUUCACCUCAUCAUCCAGGGAACUGUUUGUCAAACUAGAGGAACCAUUAACCCUCACAGCGGUGAUAGUCACUGCCCUUUCCGAUGAUGCGUAUGAAAAAGCAUCUUCAGAACAAUCUGUUGUCGACACUCUGUUAUUCAACAACCAUCCGAUAUUGCAUGAAGGAGAUGUUCUCGCAUACACAGGAGACGUGACCAGGGACCUCAAUAAGACACGUUUGGAAUACAGGUUGGAACUCCUAGAACCUGUCAUGCAAGGAAUUGCAGCGAAGGGUACUACGAAAAUCAUUCUUAUGUCGUCCCAGAACUUUGAAUCCUCUACAAUAUCUGAUCAAGAUUCUUCUGAAUCAACGGAUGGCACGCAGGAUGCAAUAGAAAUAGACGAGGAGUUCCUUGGAAGUUCUGUCAUGAAUCUCAAUUUAGACUCACCUCGAGAGCACGAUGCAUAUACCAGUGAUUCUAGCCAGGAUGGAGAAGCAUCUUGGUCUGGGUACACACCCAUCAAUUUGUCUGCCCCCGUAGAUGCUUCGCAAGACGAUUGCACUUUGUAUGUUCGUACGGCCGACUUGGGGAAAUUAGGGUUACUUAGCGGAUACUGGGCAAUUGCAGGCAUCAAACCUUCUAGCUCACGUCUUGUGCGUAUAAUUGCCAACGACGAUGCUGUCAAAUCAACUGGGAGUUUGGCAGGGUCCCCUUUACUCAUACACAAUACGUAUGGCGAUGAGGCAGAAAGCUAUGCAAGGAGUCCACCCCAGCUGUCUAUCAGAUCCAGCCCUUUUGGGUCCUCUAAUCCUGCAAUACCAACCGCUCGUGCUAUCACCAUAGCCCGUGUAGCAUCACCAGCGUCGAUUAAUCGUCAAUACCAGCCACUCUUUUUAGAAUCUUUAAAACGCCAUUUUGCUUCGAGAAAGAGGUUGUUAAAACAGGGGGAUGUUAUUGCGGUAUCUAUUGACACUGAUGUCGCGCGUCUAAAUCCUGACCACGAACACGGUACAUUCGGAACCAGCCGUGACUUCCGCCCGAAUGAGGUGGUUUUCUUCAAAGUGACCAACAUUGAGUAUGACGUGGUGAACCAUGCAAAUUCCUCAGUUCAGGACCUAUACACUGGAUCUACACUGGGUGAACUUGGUUGUUGGGUGGAUACUUCUAUCACACGGAUGAUUCAAACGGGAAUCGAGCAUUCUAGAGUUCCUAGGGUGCGCUCUUACAUGAACAUUGGCAACAGUAAAUCGUAUUCCCGACUAUUAACACUCCCUGCGUCUCGUCUUAUUGGCGCGGACAGCCCGUACGCCAAGAUUCACGCAUUAACAUCAGCGGCAUUGUCUCAAAGAGCAAUGGACUAUAAUCUGCAACUUUCAUUCUUGCUGAAAGGCGGAAGAGGGAUUGGAAAAUUCACAGUGGCAUCUUGGGUUGCCGAGUCUCUGGGACUUCACCUAUUAGAGGUCAACUGUUAUGACAUUAUAGGAGACACCGAUGUGAAAACCGAAGCUACUUUGCGAGUACGGCUGGACCAAGCCAAGGAAUGCACACCAUGUUUACUCGUGCUGCGUAACUUGGAGGCUCUAUCACAGACCACACAAGCACCCGAGCCAGGAAAAGAGCCUGUGAUUGCGAAUGUUCUGGCAGAGUGCUUGAACGAUAUACAAAAUGGAUGGAAAUUGACUGGAUACCCUGUGAUUGUGUUGGGAACGACCAGCGAGAGUGGCCGUGUACCGAAAAGCCUGCAGAGUUGUUUCAAGCAGGAGAUCAAUAUCGAGGCUCCAGACGAAGUGGAACGACUAGAAAUUCUGCAAUGCCUUGUCAGCGGGGAGAUCAUUGGAUCUGAUGUUUCGUUGCAACAUGUAGCUACGCAGACAGCAGCUUUGCUCGCUGGUGACCUGCGCGAUCUUGUUGCACGUGCAAAAGCAGCAUCUAUAGACCGGGCAACGAGCACAAGUGGACUUGUCAAGAAUGAUACAUUCCUGCGGAAUAUUGCGCUCUCUGCGGCUGACUUUGAUGUAGCACUUUCAAAAGCACGCGAGUCGUAUUCUGAGAGCAUUGGUGCGCCUAAAAUUCCCAGUGUUUCAUGGGACGACGUUGGUGGGCUGGCACACGUCAAGACGGACAUUUUGGAUACCAUCCAGCUACCUUUGGAACACCCCGAGCUGUUUGCAGACGGACUGAAGAAACGAUCAGGAAUCCUUCUGUACGGCCCACCAGGGACGGGAAAGACGCUGAUAGCAAAGGCGGUCGCGACGUCGUGCUCGCUCAACUUUUUCUCAGUCAAGGGCCCGGAGCUGCUGAACAUGUACAUCGGCGAGUCCGAGGCGAACGUGCGGCGGGUGUUCCAGCGGGCGCGGGAUGCGAAGCCGUGCGUGAUCUUUUUCGACGAGCUGGACUCUGUCGCGCCGAAGCGGGGCAACCAGGGCGACUCGGGCGGUGUGAUGGACAGAAUUGUGAGUCAGUUGCUGGCGGAGCUGGAUGGGAUGUCGGGUGCGGGCGGCGGGGACGUGUUUGUGAUUGGCGCGACGAACAGGCCGGAUUUGUUGGAUCCUGCGUUGCUUAGACCUGGAAGGUUUGACCGGAUGUUGUAUUUGGGCGUCAGCGAUACACAUGAGGCGCAGUUGAACAUUCUCGAAGCGCUGACGCGCAAGUUUAGACUGGAUCCGGAUCUGGACUUGCGCUCUAUAGCGGAAAAAUGUCCGUUCAAUUAUACCGGCGCGGACUUUUACGCACUGUGCUCGGACGCGAUGCUCAACGCGAUGUCGCGCAAGGCAGAAGAGAUUGAGGAAAAACUGGCGCAACUCAACGCGCAACCGGGGCCGUAUGUGCACCCGCAUCCUAUCACGCCGCAGUAUUAUCUCGCUGAGCUGGCCAAGCCUGAUGAAAUCCUUGUGUAUGUCUCGAAACGCGAUUUUGAGCGGGCGCUGGAUAUGCUUGUGCCGAGUGUGAGUCAGGCGGAGAUGGAGCAUUAUGCGCUGGUGCAGAAGCGGUUCUCAAAGAUCAAAGAGGAGAAUGAGACGGAGAGCGCUAACGAGAGCAAAGGGAAGGGAAAAGGGAAAGCGAGAGAGGCGUAG